AGCUUCACGCCCAGCCCCCAGGACGACGACACCGACCUCACCUGCCACGUGGACUUCUCCAGAAAGGGUGUGAGCGCACAGAGGACCGUCCGACUCCGCGUGGCCUACGCCCCCAGAGACCUUGUUAUCAGCAUUUCGUGUGACAACACGUCAGCCCUGAAACCCCAGGAAAAUCUCACACAUCUGGAAGCCCAGAAGGGCCAGUUCCUGCGGCUCCUCUGUGCUGCUGACAGCCAGCCCCCCGCCAUGCUGAGCUGGGUCCUGCAGGACAGAGUCCUCUCCUUGUCCCACCCCUGGGGCCCCAGAACCCUGGGGCUGGAGCUGCCUGGGGUGAAGGCCGGGGAUUCAGGGCGCUACACCUGCCGAGCGGAGAACAGGCUUGGCUCCCAGCAGCGAGCCCUGGACCUCUCUGUGCAGUAUCCUCCAGAGAACCUGAGAGUGAUGGUUUCCCAAGCAAACAGGACAGUCCUGGAAAACCUCGGGAACGGCACGUCCCUCCCAGUCCUGGAGGGCCAAAGCCUGCACCUGGUCUGUGUCACCCACAGCAGCCCCCCAGCCAGGCUGAGCUGGACCCAGGGGGGACAGACCGUGGGCCCCUCCCAGCCCUCAGACCCCGGGGUCCUGGAGCUGCCUCGGGUUCAAAUGGAGCAUGAAGGAGAGUUCACCUGCCAUGCUCAGCACCCGCUGGGCUCCCAGCACAUCUCUCUCAGCCUCUCCGUGCACCGGAAGCUGCAGCGUGGGGGAGGAGUUGGCCUGGGGGCUGCCCUGGGAGCUGGUGUCACUGCCCUGCUCGCUCUCUGUUCCUGCCUCGUCAUCUUCGGGGUGAAGACCUGCAGGAAGGAAGCUUGCAAGAGGGCAGCAGCGAAGCAGGACGUGCCCUCCACCCUGGGGCCCAUCUCCCAGGGUCAGCAGCAUGAAUGCUCGGCAGGCAGCUCCCAAGACCACCUGCCCCCAGGUGCAGCCACCCCCACCCCAGGGCAGGGGGAAGAGCAGGAGGUCUACUACGCCUCCCUCAGCUUCCAAGGGCUGAGGCUUCGGGAGCCUGAGGACCAGGAGGCCCCCAGCAGCACUGAGUACUCAGAGAUCAAGAUCCACGAGGGACGGCCCCCAAGGGGCCUGGGCUUUGGGCUUCAGUUGGAGAAGGAGACGUCAGGGAUGGUUCCAAAGUGAAGAGUUCUCCAUGGAAACAGGACACCAGCAAGUGCGUGGGAGUCGUGCUGGUGUGACGGCCAGAACUGGACUCAGAUUUCAGCCCCAUCCCCAAUGAAGAGCUUGAGUUCGAAGAUUAGACUCUUUUUUUGAGACAGGGUCUCACUCUGUCCCCCAGGCUGGAGUGCAGUGGUGCAAUCUCAGCUCACUGUAGUCUCAACCUGCCAGAUUGAAGUGAUCCUCCUAUUUCAGCCUCCCGAGUACCUGGGACUGCAAUUGUGAGCCAUCACGCCAGGCUCAUUUUUGUAUUUUUAGUAGAGACAGGGUUUCGCUGUGUUUCCCAGGUUGGUCUUGAACUCCUGGGCUCAAGCAAUCUGCCUGCCUCUGCCUACCAAAGUGCUGGGAUUACAGACGUGAGCCACCGUACCUGGCUGAAGAUUAUACUUUCAAUUCACAGCGAGUUUGAAGAUGACACUUUGAGGCAUCGUGUCUAUGGUUCAUUACUACAGAAGCUUCUCUGAAUGUGUAAAGCACAGGAAACCAGGCAGAGGAGGCACAGGGCGCUCUCCAGAAUGAGAAGCCAGCUCCUGGGGUUGCUUUGCUGCAACCGUCAUUCCCCAUUGAUAACCAUUCUCCUCCUUCAGAAGAGGGAGAGUGAGAGAACCAAGUCCGAGUGGUUCCCAUUUUAACAUUAAAAAAAAAAAAAAAAAAAAAAAGGCUGUGCGUGGUGGUUCACACCUGUAAUCUCAGCACUUUGGGAGGCUGAGGUGGGUGGAUCACAAGGUCAGGAGUUCAAGACCAGCCUGGGCAAGAUGGUGAAACCCCAUCUCUACUAAAAACACAAAAAUUAGCCGGGCAUGGUGGCGGGCGCCUGUAAUCCCAGUUAUUGGGGAGACUAGGCAGAUAAUUGGUUGAACCCGGGAGGCAGAGGUUGCAGUGAGCUGAGAUCGUCCCACUGCGCUCCAGCCUGGGUGACAGAGUGAGACUCUGUGUCUAAAUAAAUAAAU